AUGAAGCUGCUGUCCUCACUUCUUAUAUAUAGAAUGUUCUGAAGUGCCUUGCCAAAGGUACUGUUUCUAGAAAAAAUGACUUGUACAAUAUUUAUGACAUGGACAGGGAGACUAGAGUUGGAUUAAGCAUUGUAAACAAGUCUGAGAAUGAAUUCUUCAGAUCAGUAAUUCCCAGUGGGGACUGAAAAACAUAAAAAGUGCUAAGGGAGCACUACACUCAGAUUUUAAGAGACUUCAUGGAAGAGCUAAUUUGUUUGAGUUGACACUUAAAGGAAGAAUAGAUGCUUCUUAAGAACAAAGCGCUAGUUCAUACUCCAGGCAAAAUAAUGGCUCCUUCUUUCCAGAGAAGAGGAGCACUUAGGGAUUUUUAUUAGGGAAGUAGAAGUUCUGCUUAUACAACUGGAGCAUCAAACCUGAGGGUGGGGAAAGCUUGAGUCUGGGGGCCCUUGAAUUCUACAGGAAGGAAUGCCAUUUUUCUUCCCCAGUUCCCACCCUGUUCUCCAGGUCCUCAGAAGAUUCAGAAUUUAGCAUAAUACUGUGAAAGAUGGAAAUGAUCAUGGAGAAUGUUAAGAGACUGUCCUUAGGGCUACAAAGUACAAGGUGUUAUAGAUGACAUUGUCAAUAGUGUGAUAGAUCAUAUACGCCCAGGGCCCUGGCGCUUGGAUUGGGACCGGUUAAUGACUUCUUUGGAUAUAUUGGAGCAUUUUGAAGAGAAUUGCUGUGUGAUGCGUUACACUACUGCUGGUCAGCUUUGGAAUAUAAUUUCACCAAGAGAGUUUGUUGAUUUCUCCUACACUGUGGGAUAUGAGGAAGGACUUUUAUCCUGUGGGGUGAGUCUUGACUGGAGUGAAACAAGACCGGAAUUUGUUCGCGGCUAUAACCAUCCCUGCGGUUGGUUUUGUGUUCCACUUAAAGACAAUCCAAACCAAAGUCUUUUGACAGGUUAUAUUCAGACAGAUCUUCGUGGAAUAAUCCCACAGUCUGCAGUAGACACGGCCAUGGCAAGCACUUUAACCAACUUUUAUGGUGAUUUGCGAAAAGCUUUACAAAAUGUAUAAUAUGUUCAAAUGUGUAGAACUGUGGUUUGUAAGCCAGCUCUUCUGCUUGGCUGCAUGACCUAUAAAAGUCAUCAAUUCCUGUCUACCGUGUGGCUUGGGGAAACUUUUGGAAUAUUUUUGGUUUAGCAGUACAAUAUUUUAUGUUUUGUCUGAAGUGAAUAGCUGUCUAAAAAGGCAGUUAAAUUUUUUUCAACUUUUAUUUGCACAUCGUUUGGUAUGGAAGUAUGUCUAGGAAUGGAAAGAAUGACGUCAAGACAUCCACCAAGACUUAGAUACAGGUAUUCAGGUCAGACUGUUCACAGAAGCGAAAUAGUGCCUCGGUAUGAAUAUUUUGGCUGUCUGUAAGUCAGAGAAUGUAUAAAUUCUAUUCGUGUUAUUUUAGAGCAUUGGGACACUUUGUAAAAUUUUAAUGGUUCUUGGUAUAAAUGUUGUGCUUUAAUUUGGGUAUGCUCUAUGAGUUCACCAGGAGCUUGGGCAAAAGGAAAAAGCAAUUCUCCAUGUUCUAGAAAGAUGAAGUUCAUUGUCAACUGACUUGUACUAUUUUAAGAUUUAAGAAGACAAAAAAUGAGAAGAGAUUAGCUAGUCUAGUAACUACAGAUUUGAUUCAAAUAUAAUUUUAGAUACCUAGAUAGAAUUCUUCUGUAAAGUCUAUAAAAACAUUCAUGUCUUUCUGUGUGUUUAUUUUGGGAGUUAUCAGAACAUUUGUUCAUACAUGUCAUUAUACAGAAAACUGCUAGGCGUGCACUGGGACACCAUGCUGAGCAGUAGUGAGCACUGUACGAAGCUGCUGCUGGUGUCCCCUCCUCACCAGCAGAUGCUAAAAGGUAGACUCGGUGAGUGUUCUGUGCAUGUUUCAGUUGUAGAAGUACCACUCAACUCAGAGCAUUACAAACUGCAUUCACAGCUGUGAUGUAACGAGUCUGAACUAACAAAUGCAUCCUUACAGUUAGCCAGACGCCUAGAUGUUGUAUGGUAAAUGAGUUAUAGAUGGGGCUAACCUAAAUGAACAUUCCUUACUGAUGAUGAUUCCUAAUCAUUCUUUGAUUUUUGAAUUAAUCUGCCCAGUUUGCUUCUAAAUUGAAACCCAGUGAUGAUUCAGUGUGCGUGCAGCUCCGUAUUUAUGUGUGCACUCCCAAUGAGCCCCUUCAGGCCGAGUGUCAGUUUCCUGUGUUACUGGUUCACUCUUCGCCAUUUGCUUCCUCCUGCUCCCCUCUUUUUUCUAACCUUUCCUGCCUUUUCCUUUUUCCUUUUUCAGCUAAUAGGGAGUACAGAGAGCUCUGGAAUUAAUUAUGUGAAGGCAAACCACAAAAAACCACAAAAGUAUACAGUGGUUCAAGUGCAUGAAUGGGUUUGAUCUUUCUUAUGUUACUGUGUUUUCCUAAACAUUAAAAAGUCAGUUUUUCAGACUCAUUUUGACACAGCCAAAAAAGUGACAUUUUUUUCCUUCUUCUUUUUUUUUUUUUUUUAAAAAAUUGUGCAACUGGAGAUGAUGGUUUCCAAGAAACAAAAAGUGGCAGCCUCAGAAUUCACAGUGAACAACCUCAUAGAUUUUAGAUGGAAAAUAAGGCUUGAGGGCAUGACAGAAGCAGUGCCCAGGGAAUCUUGUACUCUCAGUUGGUAAUUAGUCACGCGUCCCUUUCUUAAUUGUUUGAAACUUUUGAACUGCUGGGCUUCUAUGCUGCUUUUCUUUAGUAGUGAAAGAAAAUCCAGUUUAGAGUGAGUACUGGAAAUGGUUAAAUGUUAACUUUGAUGUCAUCUGUUUGCCUUCAUGUGUUUUUAUUAGUUUAGAGCAGACGGUCUUACUACAAGGGCUAUUGGUCCUGAGCUGCGGGCCUCUAAUGACAACCCAGGUGCCCAGUGUCACUCAGUGAGUGUUCCCUCCAGUAAGUGAUAAUGAGUUCACUGCUGAGCAUGGACCCACUGCGGGUAAAAUGACUGUUGUGGAAAUGCUUUCAUUAUGAUAUUGAGUCCUACAAUGGAUAAAAAAAUUGUGUUUUAAUCACCUGAAACUUACAUAGUGCUUCUAAAUGAUACUUUAAAUUUGCUGGUUUCCAACUGCACUUUUACAAUAAGUGACUGUUUAAAGAUACAUAGUUUACAUAAUACAGUUUACCCAUGUUAAAUAUAUAGUUGAGUAAUCUUAAAAAUUACAUCUGAGAGUUGUUCAGUCAUUAUUUUAGAACACUUCUGUCCAUUUUUAGAACACUUCUGUCACCCCAAAAGAUCCCUUUUGUCUGUUUGCAUGUUCAUUCAAGCAAAGUUUAUCCCAGCUGCCAGGAUGGGGAAGGAGUGAGAAAGAUUGCAGUAGGAUGUGGUUGGUUCUAAGAGUACAGAUGUGUGUGUGUGUGUGUGUGUGUGUGUGUGUGUGUGUGUGUGCGUAAAUUUAAGCUCAGGAACUUAGUUAUAAUAUGGUAUGUUUAUCUCAUGUCAUAAUAAAAAUUAAAUGCUGUAAGGUGGGGUUGAUGCUAACAGUUGGGCCUGCUACUUCUGUAGCAGUACAGUCAGACAGAAAACUAAGCCAUAUGUGUAACUUAAAAUAUCCUAGCAGCCACAUAAAAAUAAAAAUAUACAGCUGAAAUUCAUUUCAGAAUUGUUUUAUUUAACAUAUCUAAAAUAUUUCAACGUGUAAUAAAUGUAAAAACUUUAUUCAGAUAGCCUGUGAUCUUUUCUAUUAAUUCUUUGAAAUCUGGUCUGUCUUUUACUGAUGUGAACUAGCUACAUUUAAAGCGUUCAUUAACCACACAAGGCCAGUGGCUGCCAUAAUGAUUAGCACAGUUCUACAAAAUUCAUGUUCAUUUGUCUUGCUGUGAGUAGUCAGUUCAUAAAUUACUCUCUUAAGCAGAAAUCUUUCCAAGUUUGUAGAGCCUUCAGUGUAUAGGACAUCAUUACUUUGGAGAUAAAUUACUAAUUCCCAAUAAAAUAAAAUUUAUUGUCUCAAAAUACUUUUUCUUAAAAGACAGUAACUUUUGUUAGGGCAGUUAAGGAUUUGGAAGAAUGUAAUCUACCAUGUUGUUACAUAUUUGAACAUUUUGUUGUAUAUGCAGGAAAUGCAGUAUAUACUGGCAUUUUUUAAAAAGAGAAUUAAUUUCCUACAAGAGACAUUUUUGUAUUGAAUAUUAGUACUUGUUGAUGACUUUGGGGGGGGGGGAAUGGGAUCUUGCUGUAGCCCCAGGUGGCCUGGAACUCACUAUGUAGACCAGGCUAGCUGGGAUUCAAGGCAUGCACCACUAUACCUGGCUUUUUUUGUUGAUAACUCUUGAAAUAAUUCUCAGCAAAAAUAAUAGACUAUACUGUUCUUCAGCUCUCUGUGCUGUAAACCAUUGUAGAGAUUGUGAAUGUCAGUCCUCACAUCACUGUUCGAAGAGGCGAGGUGUCUUUGAAAUUGUGGGUUUCUAGGUAUAAAAUUAUGUCCCAGCUCAUAGAUUUUUUCUCCCUCAUCAUCCCCCUUUUCUUUUCUAGUCGAAGGUCAUUUGAUUAAUACUCAAAUUGAAUAAUCUAAUUCAACAUCUUAAGGUAAAAAAUAUAAUAGGUUCUGGAGAAGAUAGGGUCACAAUGCAUAAUUUUUGUCUCUGUCUAUUUUAGGUCUGAUAAGUCCCCUUUUAUGUAGAUUAUACUUGUACUUGUUUAUUUGGGUGCUUACUAUCAUCCUUAGAUGUUAAAUCCGAGGUCUUUUAAUUAAAUGGAUAUUGUAGCUUUCUGAACCCUAUAGAAAAAUUAAUAGAACACAGAGAAGCUAAUGGAAAUCUUUGACCUGGUCUCCAUUGAACUUGUGUAAGUACUUGUCCAGUCCACCUUACCCCUCCUUUCCUUCCUUUUUUGUGGUGGCAGGGAUUAAAGCUAGGGCCUUAUGCAUGCUGGGACUGAGCUACACUUCUAGCCCCUGGGUGAUCUCACUUGACUUCUCUAAGUAUGGAAUGGUGGAACCUGAACAUGGUGGGAAGAAACAAGACUAAUUCCAGAGCAUGGGGCUGGAAUUACAAUUUCUUCAUUAUUGUGUUUCUAGAAAUUUUACAUAUGUAGCUAAAUAUUAAAAAUCAUCUCAUUAUUCAAGAAAAGCUAUAUUACAUAUUUUUAAGAUGUUUAUAAUUGUAUGAAUAUAUGCAAAAUUAGAAUAACUGUUCAUAUAAAUAAAAUGUAUAUUUUAAAAUUACAAUGGAAUCUAUCUUAAUAAAGAUUUCUAGACAUUCUUGUAA